GCCAAGGGUUGUGAGUUGCGACGGAGGAUGGGAAUGGAGUCGGAUGAUGAUGUGAACGAAAGGGGGGAGGCAGCGAUAGCAGUGACACCAGCUCUGCAACCAAAUUUUCAGUCCACAAGCGUUACGAAAGAUCAACUUAAUAAGUUCAAGGAAUUACACAAGAGACGUCUACAGAUAAAAGAAGGAUCAAAGAUUCAAAAGAGUUCAAAAGGGAAAACAGGUGUGGCAAAAAAUGCCCAUGUAAAGGAAGCAGAUGCCAAAAAUAGUAAGGAUGAAGAUAUAAAUGUGAUGCUUGAAGAUUCUGGUGUCUCCAUUUCCAAAGGCAAUACUAACAGUGUUUCCUUGCUCCAGCAAGAGAAAGUUGUCACACACGUGGCACCGAAGAAGCGCCAGAAGUUACACUGGGGGCUUGACACGAAAGAAAGAUGGGAAAGGAAAGCUAACAUGUAGAUGCUUAGAUAAAAUGACUGUCUGGUUUCCUUGGCAACUCAAAAAGAUUCUUGGAUGGCUGUUGGUGACGAGGGCAUGAGAGGUUCUAUGAUGCAAUAAAGUAGUUGCUACAUGGGUGAGAUCUUCUUUCUCACCACGGACCUAAAUGCAAUGGUGGUACACAUUGAAACCGUUUCCUAAUGCUCUACUAUGUAAGAGACCAAUUCUACAGUUAAAACUGCAGCUCUUGGGAGUUUCUAAAAUAUUCAGUUUGCUGCAUUUCAGUCUCCUCCACCCCAUCCCUUUUCCUCUUUCAAGAAGAGGGUGGGGUUGGACGGUAGCAGAUAAGUGACUAAUGGAUGGGAUGAAGAUGACUUUUGAGCACAUGUCUUGGUACAAACUUCCCUAGGCUUUACCAACGUUAGAAGCAAUUUCUUUCUGUACAAUUUGAAGAACCAGAGUUGUAUUAAACAUCUAAGGUGGGAAUGUUGUUUUGUGUCAUUGUAUUGCAGCACUCUUAUGGAUUCUCUCAUCGGCUAAUUUUAUUUCUUAACAUUACAACAGCAGCAUUCGCUAGUAAAAUGCCACUCUCUGACUAGUUUAAAAGGAGUUGGUCAU